AUGAGUUCCGGUACCACCGAGUCAAUAGUCCCUAACGGGACUGAACGAGAGGCGCUUCGCCAGAGGUUCGAAAAGGGAACCAUACCCUCUGGCGGACGCAGAACAUAUUACGACUGGUAUAGCACACCUUACGCUGCUAAUAUCCCACCGAACCGAGGAUACGCACCCCCCGGGCCACCUCCACCAUACGCUCCGCCUCCGUACCCCUAUCAGUCGAACUAUACUCAAACGGCACCACCGGCUAGACCGUACUACCCUAACGUCAGCUCGAGCCAACAACCUUACCCGGGUCCGUCCCCAGGAUACCACAAUACGAGAUCUUUUUCAACUUGGCCUCAACAGGCAGUACCUCCCAGGGCACCAAAUGCCCCCCCUGUUCCUCCUUUUCGAUCUCCCAGGAUAGCAAUGAACGCCCAACACUCUGGGUCCGCAGACCCUAACCCAUUUAUGUAUCUCGAGCACCAUGCCUCCGGAAGUCCAUUCGCUAACUAUCCCGCGGCGCCAAGGACCAGCCACCAACAAAUCCAACCAAUGGCCCCGGUGAACCUAGAUGUGCGACCAGAGACAAUGUCAUUCUGGACAGAACAAGAGCUCUACCAGUGGAUGGCCAACAUAUUCAGGCCACUUGUAGGCAUUGUAGGACGCAUCGUCCGGGAACAGCUGUACCUGCAAGAGCAGCCAAAGGUCAAAUUCGACAUGUACCCAGUACGAGCCGACGAUGUCACCGGUGUGCCUAUGAUGGUACCACAAUCCAUGUCGCGCGCCCCCAUGUUCCAAAUCACGCUCCCGGCUCCCGGAGGCACCAGGGCUGACCUCAAGAAGGUGCGGGACGCUCUAAUCGACGAGUUCGCGACACACCCCAACGCCUGGCACCGACAGGCCGGGUUCGUGUUCCGGAUUCCGCGGCAGCUUCGAGUAGGAGCGUCCGCCGCUGCGAGGAGGUCCUGGGUUCCGCCGUCGUGUGUCUAUAGAUACUCGCGCACCGCGCGGCGCUACGUAGCGCAGUAUCUCACGCCGAUCCUAGAGGAUCUUCGGGAGCUCGAUGCGGCUUUUGUUCACGGCGAUGAUAGCGACGAUGAUCAGGACGCGCUGGUGAAUGAGAUGUGGAGGGAUGUGCGGAGCCGGAGCUACUUUGCGUGCUACCAAGAUCCUAACCCUUCUCCCCUGAAGGCCUGCGAGGUGCAGCAGGACUACGAGUCGGGGUUAGCUUCGGGAUCAUGCGACGUUGUAGAGACACAUGGACGGAGUAACUUCAAAGUUCCUCGUCUUUGCUCACCUUGUCAUGACAAGAAGACUAGCCUUGAUAGCCGGCUGAGCAGGGCAAAGUCACUGAUAGCGGGCCUAAAGAAGCAGUUAAGUGAAAGUUACGGCCAGUGUGUAUUGCAUAUGGACGAGGCUGGCUUAGAAUCCGAGAAAAAGGAGGAGGCUACGCUGGUGGUAUUGAAGGAGGCGACCACCGUGGAGUCGGAUAGUGUUGGCGAUGAUCCUGAUGAGACAAUGGAGAAAGUCGACCCUGUCGAGGAGUUCCUAAGGAAGAAGAAACAGGAGAGUUACGCUCAUCUCAUGAUGAUCUCGGAUUAUAGUAAUUAG